AUUGAACUGAGUUUUGAGAAUAUUUUGAAUCGGAAUGCACUUAGUUUGAACCUAUUUUAUAUUUAUUUGUAAUGGAAAAGCAACCAGCUAAGGAUGCUAAGCCAGGUUUUCUGUCUAUAUUGACCGGCGAAUGGAUAGAUAUUCCAGAUUCAGCCAGACAUGGAAAAUGUCGCAGUGUAUCAGAGUUUGAGAAGCUUAGCAGGGUAGGGGAGGGUACUUAUGGAAUUGUAUAUAGAGCGAGAGAUAGGAAAACAGAUACAAUUGUGGCACUGAAGAAAAUGAGAAUGGAAAGAGAAAAGAAUGGAAUUCCUGUUAGUGGAUUGAGAGAAAUCAACAUUUUGUUAAAUUUACGGCAUCAGAACAUUGUGGAACUUCAAGAAGUAGCAGUUGGAAAAAGUUUAGAAAGUAUAUUUCUGGUAAUGGAAUACUGUGAGCAGGAUCUUGCCUCACUUCUAGACAACAUGUCCUCCCCUUUCUCAGAAGCUCAGGUGAAGUGUAUCAUGCUGCAGUUGUUUAAAGCCCUGAGAUACCUGCAUGAGAACUUUAUAAUACACAGAGACCUGAAAGUCUCUAACCUGCUGAUGACAGAUAAUGGAAGUGUCAAAAUAGCUGAUUUCGGGUUGGCUAGAAAAUAUGGACUACCUCAGCAACCACUAACACCAUUAGUAGUGACUUUGUGGUACAGAGCACCAGAACUAUUGUUUGGAUCCAAGUAUCAAACAACGGCUAUAGAUAUGUGGUCAGCUGGCUGUAUAUUUGGGGAGUUGCUGGCACACCGACCUCUCCUACCUGGGAGGUCCGAAAUCCACCAAAUUGAGCUCAUCAUAGAAAUGUUUGGGACCCCAAAUGACAAUAUAUGGCCGGGAUUUUCCAAGUUACCUGCAAUGGAAACCCUCUCACUGAAGAAACAGCCGUACAACAACAUAAAGCACACAUUUCCAUGGUUGACAGAUUCUGGAGUUCGGCUCCUCAAUUUCCUUUUCAUGUAUGAUCCUUCAAAAAGAGCAACUGCUGAAGACUGUUUAGACUUUUCCUACUUCAAAGAACAACCAUUCCCAUGUGAUCCAGAACUGAUGCCCUCAUUCCCACAACACAGACUGAAGAGGAAAGCUCAGGCUGACAGGGAAAAACCUGAAGGAAGCAAUAAGCAGACAGAGUCUACAGAUUCCCUUCCCUUGCCAGCAUCAAAGAAGAGAAGAUCAAAGGACUGAAAGUGAACCACCAAUGUGAUUUGACCUCAGAACUGGAGAUCAAAGUAACAGCAUCUAAAACAUCAGGUGUGUGUUCACAUCAGGAUUGAGAAGUUUCUGGAGGGAGGAUUUUUAUGUCUGGGAUGUGUAACCAUGGUGUCAAUUUGAAAACACAUUCUGCUUCCUCAAAGUACUGAACACAAAGUUAAAUCCUGUGCAGGUAGACACAAGGGCACAAAUUGUGAACUUAUGCAGAAUACAUUGGUUAGUUGUACUAUAGAAUUGUAAUAUGUUUGUAGCUGUAAUUUCCACCCUUGCAAUAAAAUUAAUGCUCAUGUGAAAAAUUUUUGACAUGUAAUAUAAAAUUUACAUGAUUUAUUUAUGAAGUUUGAUGAUGUAAUAAUCGUGUGAAAAGAAAACAUUUGCUGUACAUCUUAACUAUUAAUGACUCUGUACCAAAAUCAGGCAUGUUGAAGCCUUUCUUGUAAUAAUGCAAUACAUUUACUUUAAAAUAAAGUCACAUGUAUAAGGACACAUUUACAUGCUUUAGUUCCUCCAUGCAAUGGAAAUAUUGUUUCAAGAUUUGAUGUUUAAUACAUGUGACUAAGUCAUUAAAUGCGAGUAUAUAAAAUGAUUUUCAAGAAGCAUUUUUGUUAUAGAUCUACAGUAAAGCAUGCUUAUAGAGAACACUAGCUGCAAUAAUGUAGCCCUGUCCAAUUUUUUUUUUUUUUUUUUUUUGAGAGGCCUUUCCUGAAAAUAAUUGGAGAGGGCUACAUUAUUGCAGCCAAGCAAACACACUUUUAAUGAAUUCAUGCUUGCAGCAAAAUGGUUUUCAUUCCCCAUGGUUUAAAAAGGUUUUGCAAACUUAAUGGAUAUAAUAAAUUAUGUCUAUAAUGAAGCAAAAUUGUCCACUCCUGACCGUUCCCUAUAAGCAUGUUUCACUGAUAUACAUGUAGUUUAAUUCACAAUAAUUUAUUUCAUAAAAAUGUCUUGUUAAUAAAACUGUUUUAAGUAAA